UUUAGGCAUGGCACCAGUUGGUAAUUUUUUAAUAAGAUGGAUACUGUUGGUUGCUUUGGUUGCAAGUAUAUCUACAAUAUUUUAUUUCACUUCUACUCAAAAUGAACGGAAUAAUGUUCGAAGGUUUAACUCAAUAGGAUAUCCGAAAUUUAUAUUGCCGAAUAUAAUGAAGAACGAAUCAACGGUUGAAGAAUUCGUUGCUAAAACACAUCAUGUGAAAAAUCAACCAGCUUCCAUUGCACCACAUUUGCUGGAGGAUGACGAUGAAUAUUCGGUACAAAUAUUCUAUUAUCCGUGGUAUGGAAAUCCAGAAUUUGAUUAUGGGAAGUAUUAUCAUUGGAAUCAUCGCUUUAUUCCGCAUUGGGAUCCGAAUAUUUCAAAGAAUUAUCCAACAGGUUUUCAUGUUCCACCGUUGGAUAUCGGUUCGAAUUUUUAUCCAUUUUUGGGGCCGUAUAGUAGCCGAAAUCCGGCAGUAAUUGAGCAGCACAUGAAAUGGAUGUCAUCAGCUGGUAUAGAUGUUGUUAUUGUUUCAUGGUUUCCUCCAGAAAUUUCUGAUGAACAGGGGCAUCCGUGGGAUGAUUUAAUACCGACAUUGUUAGAUGUUGCGGCAAAGUAUCGCAUGAAAUUAUCGUUUCAUAUGGAACCUUACAAAAAUAGGAAUGGUGAAUCGCUUCGUACUGAUAUCGAAUAUAUUAUUGACAAAUAUGGUAAUCAUUCAGCUUUGUAUAGGAUGAAAAGGCCAAAAUCACGAAAAACGACUAAUGAUGAAAAAAAUAGUCGCCGUGAUCAGUAUCUACCGUUGUUAUACUUUUACGAUUCGUAUCUUGUAUCCUCCGAUGAAUGGAAAAAGUUAACCGGACCAUCUGGGGAGUUGACUGUGAGAGAUAGCAAAUACGAUGUUCUUUUUAUUGGUCUCUUAGUCAAAUCAGAAGAUAGACAUUCAUUGUUGGCUGCUGGAUUCGAUGGAUUUUAUACAUACUUUACAGCUAAAGGCUUUUCUUAUGGUUCUACUCCUUCAUCUUGGCCUUCAUUGAGCGCCUUCUGAAAAAUGGUUUAGUUUUUAUACCUUCGGUGGGUCCUGGUUAUGAUGAUCGCCGUGUGCGACCUUGGAAUGCGGCAAAUUACAGAGAUCGGAUGAAUGGCAAAUAUUAUGCGGAUAUGUUUGAAAUGGCUCAUAUUGCAAAGGUAAAUAUCAUAACGAUAACGUCAUUCAAUGAGUGGCAUGAAGGUACACAAAUCGAACCAGCAAUACCAUUCACUAAUAACAACACGGGUUUUGUGUACAGUACCUAUGAUCAGGGACCAGAGCAGUAUCUCCACCAAACACUUGAUCUUGUCAAAAAAUAUUUUACUCCAAUGCAUAGAAUUGCACCUGAAAAAAUUGUCAACAUAGUCAAAUAAUAGCGCUCAUAUCAUUUUCUUGUAUUUUAGGAUAUAUAACGUCAGUUUACCUU